UCGGAUUCGGCGGUUGUUUUAAUAUAAUUCUUGCCAUUGAGUUCGCAUUCCAACGCCAGCGGCAAAGGGAUUUGUGGCUUUAUCCGCUCUAUCUGUCUUUUUCGAAUUGAUUUAUCGACCAUAUUCUGGUUAUUUCCCCCCAAGUAACCACUGCUGCUGGCAAUGGUGUCAAGCAUGCUGGAUUUUCUCAUAUGCCCACUCCUGCGCGGUCCACUAAAUGGAUUACUUCUAGCGUAUUACCUAGGUACAUGUACAUUCAAUAUAUCUCAAUACGGCUUUGAGAUGUAAGGUUUAAUGACAUCAGGACAAUAAACGGUUCCAAAAUUAAAAGAGAACUCAGUUCCCAUACAAACACUGCGCGCAGGCUGGAGCAUGACUUGAAGUUAUGAUACUUUCCCUCUAAGGUCACCUUCCCGAGAUACGAUCUUCCCCCUGCAUCUUGUUGAGUCCACGGGUCGCUUGUUAUUGAAAGAUUUGUAUAUCUAUAGGACUCGAUCUAAUUUCCUACGUGGUGGCUUUCAAUUUGGGAAAGCUUUGAACUCUGUCGACUUGAAGGGCCAAUAUCUGCACCGUCCGCUUCACCUCGACCAUCUAUAUUAUUUUAUCUUAUGAUUAUUGCUUGUCACGCGCUUGUUGAGAAUGUAUAUCAUGAUUAUUGCGAAUAUUCUCCUGUUCUGGACUUUGGUCCAAGCAUAAUAUCCCCCAACACCGGCUGGCUUGACAGUGAUCAAUUCGACAUCCCAUCCGGGGGUUGAAAUAUCGUACGAGAAAGUCCAGGACCACAUAUGCGGCGGGAGUUCCACUACCUCAUACACUGGUUAUGUAAAAUUCCCACCCAAUACAAUGUCUGGUGUUAGUCAGGACUAUCCUGUCAACCUCUUCUUCUGGUAUUCCGAAUCCCAAAGCAAUAACUCAAAAAAUUAUCCUCUGUCCAUUUUUUUAAUGGUAGACCGGGUGCAGUCUCUGAUCUGGGCGUAUUUGUCGAGAAUGGACCGUGCCGUAUCCAUUAUGACUCUAAGACGUCCGAACCAAUAAAUACUCCUAGGACAAACAUGUUAUACGUCGACCAGCCUGUGCAGAGGGGGUUAAUUAUGACAAUAUUACCAAAGGGGUUCUAGACCUGCUAACGGGGGAGGUUAUGCCUGGGGAAGAGCCCAACGGUACCGGGAUUGCAGGGGCCUUCUCCAGCCAGAAUGUGAAGCAAGCCGCCAAUAAAACGGAAAAUGCAGCAAUACAGUUCUGGUACUUUCUUCAGGCCUGGACCGGGAGUUUUGACAAGUACACUGCUGGUCGGGCGGGAGAAUUUCUCCAUACACAUCUGGACAGAGUCAUACGGAGGUCGAUGUGGGCUAGCAUUCGCGAGAUACAUCGUAGAGAAAAAUAAGGAGAUUGAAACGAACGGGACAAACGCCACAGUUUUGUCCUUGGAAACGCUGGGUAUCAUCAAUGGUUGUAUGGAUAUCUUACUCUAGGAACCCUCUUAUCCUUCGAUUGCAUACAACAACUCCUACGGUAUUAUCGCGAUUAACGAGACGGUCAAGGCUAUGGCAGAGGGUGAUCUUCCUACUUGUCUCAAUCUAGUUUCCAAGUGUCAAGAACUUGCCCGGACCCUAGAUCCCAACGCAACCGCUAACAAUGAGCAAGUUAAGGACAAGUAUAGAAAUGCGAGCGAAUAUUGUCUGGAGUAUAUCGAGGGCCCUUACGUUGUCGAGAUGAAAUGGGGUUAUUAUGAUAUGGCGCACUGCUACCUUGAUCCGUUCCCGCCGGAAUAUUACGUUGGAUUUUUAGCACAACCAGAAGUGAAGCAAGCACUAGGUGUUCCUGUUAAUCACACUGAGACCUCCCCGGUUGUUGGGCAGUCGUUUAUCAUGACAGGAGACUAUACGAGAAACGGGAUGGAAGGAUAUACGAGUGAAAUCGGAUACUUGCUUGAUUCAGGUGUCCAGGUGGCGCUGGUAUAUGGCGACCGUGACUACGCUUGCAAUUGGGUCGGCGGCAAGGUUGUUAGCCUCGCUGUCAAUUACAGUCAGUCUGACGCGUUCAAAAUGGCUGGGUACGAGGAGAUCGUAUUGAGCAAUCACACCAAUCGGGCAUGGGUUGCCUGCGCCAGCACGGGAACUAUUCAUUCACUCGUGUAUACCAGUCGGGCCACAUGGUUCCUUCGUAUCAGCCAGAGCUUGCGCUGGAACUAUUCCGUCCAUCACUUUUCAAUCUUGACUUCGCAACGGGGAAGACAGACAUACGACGCAAUCGAAGUACUCGACUAUCGGCCCCGCAAACUCCACGCAUACGGAAAAUCCACCUGCUCAGCCAUCUCUAACGUGCUACUUCUGGUACAUGUCUUCAUCAUGUGCUGAUAACCAGAUAAGUGCCGUGAUUGAAGGGAAGGCAGACUUUGUUAACAGCUAUAUCAUUACCUCUCCAACGCUUCCUCCAGACACGUGUCCGAAAAUCCCUUGAUAGUAAUAAGAUUGUCUGCAGCGGGCCAAAGAGCAUGAACACCGGCCCUCCAAAUACUGGCCAUGGCGAUCUGAUCGUAUUAGGGCAAGGAGCACGCUUCUCCUCAGUUUGGCGUGCUUUUCUUGGAUCUUGAGAGUGUAACAAUCCACAACUCUCUUAUGCGAGUCUUAUGUAACAUAAUAUGGUAUUUUGGUGUGGUGUUGAAAGUUCUUAUAAUAUAAAAUAACUUUGCGGAUGGUUUCAAAAAGUUCAGAGCAGCCCGGUAAUCUCAGAAGCACUUACCAGAAAAGUGGUCUUGACAACCCGAAUUAGUAUGCUCAAACAACACACAUAGGAUCAUCCGGCGCUCCACACGGAUCUUCCAAUAAAGCCAACGGAAAACUGAAGUCCUCAGGGGAAAACAGUAUGUUUCUUCCAGCAGAUGAAUGAACAACUUCCUCACAUGCACCCUCGCAAGUCGCGAACGGCAAGAAAAUUGCUCAACCCAACAAUGCUUGAACACACUCAUGCUCAGAAUGCCGGAGAACCGGAUUU